CUGAAUGACAGUGUUCUGAAAUGUUAAAAGCGAUACGAAUGACUUCCUCGACAAUGCGAUGCAGCCGGUUGUUGAGGGGAAUAUGCAGUUACUGAGUGCAUUUGACCCCGCCUAAAAUUGUUAUCGGCAAGGGUGGGGCUUGGGCCCAAACGGCAGUGCCCCGCGAUUCUGGCGUCUGAGUCAACCUUUCGUGAAGACCAAGUCAACAGCUCAGCAAUACCAGUAACAUGGCACCAGCAAGCAGCAAUUCUGCUGGGGACCUCACCUCAGAGGUCCUCCAGGCACUGUCCAAGUCUGACCCGAUUUCGUCCACCGAGGCCUUUCCCGAUAUCCCCUUCGAGUCGAUCAAAGCUGCCCUGGACCGUCUCGCUUCCCGGUCUAUGGUCACAUACGAGCAGGUUGAGCGCGAGGAGGCUUUUCUGGAGCCCGAGGCCGAGAUUAUUGUCAGUCAUGGUAGCCACGAAGCCCGUGUCUUCGAGGCGGUUCGCCAGGCCGUGGACGGUCUCUCAAUUCAAGAUCUCGAGGGCCAGAUUGGCGAUAAGACGGUGACCAAGCUUGGCCAGGGCAAGGCCUUUAAGGAGAAGUGGAUCAAGAAGGAUGGCGCAAAGCUCAUUGCAUUGGUCGAGUCGAUUGACGAUGUGACGCGGGACCAGCUCAAGGUGAUCCAGGAGAACCGGACACACGACGCCAAGAUCGUAGCCGACUUGAAGAAGCGCAAGCUGCUAAGGAUGCAGAAGAUUAUUUCCUUCAGGAUAAGCAAGGGGACCAAGUUUGCGCUCGAGCUGGUAAAGGAGGAGACAGACCUCACGGCCGAGAUGCUGGCAUCUGGCUCAUGGAAGACGGCCGCCUUCAAGCCGUACAACUUCAACGCAUUGGGUGCGGAUCAAAACGCUGGCGCCCUGCACCCCCUGAACAAGGUGCGACAUGAGUUCAGGCAGAUUUUCUUCGAGAUGGGUUUCGAGGAGAUGCCCACAAACCGGUUUGUCGAGUCGGGAUUCUGGAACUUCGACGCCCUGUUCGUUCCUCAGCAACACCCUGCGCGCGACCUGCAAGACACCUUCUACGUAUCAGACCCAGUCAAGGCUGGUCGGCCCGCACCAGCAUCCGCGGAUGACAAACACGACUACGACGCAUACUUCCAAAAUGUAAAAGAGAUCCACCAAGACGGGAAGUAUGGCUCGAUUGGGUACAGAUACCCAUGGUCUGAAGACGAGUCACUCAGACUCGUCCUCCGGACACACACAACUUCUGUCUCAGCCGCUAUGCUCCAGAAGCUAGCUGGCCAGCGAAAAGACGGGCGGGUGCCACCCGCUCGGUACUUCUCAAUCGACAGAGUCUUCAGAAACGAGACCUUGGACGCCACUCAUCUCUGCGAGUUCCACCACGUCGAAGGUGUCAUCGCCGAUUACGGGUUGACCCUAGGCGGAUUGAUGGAGUUCAUGGACAUGUUCUUCGGGGCGAUGGGUGUCACUGACCUGGUCUACAAGCCAGCUUACAAUCCUUACACCGAGCCGAGUAUGGAGAUUUUCUCGCACCACAAGGGGCUCAACAAGCUCAUCGAGAUCGGCAACUCGGGCAUCUUCAGGCCCGAGAUGUUGCAGGCUAUGGGUCUGCCCAAGGAUAUGAGGGUCUUCGGUUUCGGCUUGAGCUUGGAGAGGCCGACGAUGAUCAAAUACGGCAUGUCAAACAUCCGCGAGCUGCUUGGCCACUCCGUCGACCUCAACUUCAUCCAAAGAAAUCCGGCAGUGCGGCUAGACAAGAACUAGAUAGACGGGUGCGUGUGAGACCAAAAGCAGCGUUUGACGAUACCAUAGCACAUGUGUAGGCAUCUUUCCAGAGCG